AUGACAUCCCGAGAAGAUAGCGUCUUGGCCGCAAGGGACCCGUCCGUCUCCGACGAGAACGACUGGGAAGAAUUCAGCUUGUCCGAGGUCAGAAUUCUGGUCCCUGGCAAGUCGCGUUAUGCCAAUCUCCUCACGGCCACCCCAGAGAACCCGGUCCAGGUGACGGGCUGUCUGGAAGAGGUCGAGGAGGAGCAGGAAUCUCUAGUUCUUGACUCGGAUUACCUCACAAAGCGCAUUGUCCUCGAAGAUGUGAGUCACUUUGCAUAUGGCCAGCAUAACGAUGGCGAAGUCGGAAUCUGGGUUGCCGGCCGGGCUGGCUGGUUCUCUAUCUCCCCCGCAAAGGGAUACCGGCCGAUGUUCAACGAGGUCGUUGAGGCGAUUGAUUUGUUGUAUUUUCUGACUGAUCGACAUAAGCCGAAGAGAAGCAGCAGGAGGAGGAAGAGCUGGGCCUCUCCGAGCCUGGAGUACCUUUGUGAUGAGUAUGUGCUUCACACGCAUGGGAUUUGUGAAGACGGCGAUGAUUCGUUGGAGGUUUUCUACAAACAUCACAAUUUCUUGAUGUCGCGCAUGAUCAAAGGUGAGGAAGAGGUUAACUGGGCGGAGUCAAGUAUUUUUGCGCAUCUUUGUGAGAAGUUCCAGGAGGAUUAUGAGGAGUUACGCGCUCAGAAGGAAUCAAAAGAGGCUGAAACAGAAGAAGAAGACAAUGCCGAGGACGAACCUGAGGAUGACGAUGUAGAAAUGGAGGAGGUUAGGGCUCCUACACCGGAUCCGACAGCCGUCUCAAAAUCGCAGGCAGACGCCAUUUACCAGGUGAUUCUUGAUCUCAAGGAGGAGGGACACCUUGCCAAGCGACAAUUAAACCUCGAGCUUGUGACAUCGACUUUGAUGACGCGCUUCGAGAUUGACAAACUGGAGUAUGCGCAAGGUCUCCUAUCGAAAACCGCUGCUGCCAUCCUUGAAUCUAUGAACGAGGCAAAGACAAACACCUUCGACUGGUCCAAGAAGGUCAUCUAUAGAGAGCUGAAAUCUGCUUCGAGGAAGAAUAAGAAGACUUUGGCAGAAGUAACAUUCACUCCGUUACGGCCGCGCAUAACUGAGGAUGAUAGCUCCUCUGACGAAGAGAGUGAGCAUGAGCAACAGCCAAGGCAACGGAGACCUCGUCAUAGAAAGUCUGUACUGCGACCAAAAAGUCAAAUCGCAACCAAGAGAACCGGGAAGCGGACUAGAAGCGCAGCAGCGAAUGACGACCUUUCUGACGAUAACCAAGAUGCUAUGGACGAGUUCGAGACUCCAAGCAAAGUCCGCGGUCAUGAUCUCGUUAGGGAUCCCUUGUCAACGACCCGGGCAAAACGCCGUACUCGAUCUAUCCUAUCAGACCCUGAGUCAACUCCUUUCAUUGAGCGAACACCACUUCAGGAAACACUUCAAAGCCGAAACACUUCAGUCUCUGCUGUUGAACAUGUGCCCGACACAGGAUCUUCCCAUGAUCCCAACCUCCCAGUCGAUACGUGGAAAUGCAAAGUACCUGGUUGCGACAAGAUCAUCACUAAAUGCUCGUCGAAACGCGGCAAGGAGCAAAUUCAAGAUCAUUCUCUCGCGCAUGCAGAUGAUACAAAGGCAAAACUCGACCUAGUCGAAGCGGAGAAAAGGCUUAACGUCAACUUUCACGUUGAUAACUUGCUCAACCGCAUUCGGGGUAUGGGAGCUUUGGACGGCGCUCUGGCAGCACUAAAUGGCGAAACCAAUGGCACACAUGACGAGAUUGGUACCUAA